AUGGGCCUUAAGCCCAACAAUCCUAGGUGGGAAAACCAGGACAACUAUGUGAUGAAGGAGGACCUAGGAGGCUUGGGGGUCCGCCUCUUCGUAGUGCUAGACGGCCAUGGGGAGUUGGGCCACCUCGUGAGUCGAAGAUGCUCAGCCAAACUCCCGAACCUGGUGGUAGAUUCGAACCUGUGUGUGGCAAGAGCUACCUUGAGGAUGGCUGACGAUCUCCGCAGCUGUCCGGUGGAUUGCGCCUCCAGCGGGGCAACGUGCGUGCUGACCACGAUACGCGACGGAAAGAUCUCCGUGGCAAACCUAGGGGACUCCAAGUGCGUGCUGGCGAGGCUGGUGAACGGCCAGGUGUGCGCGGUGCCGCUCUCUCACGACCACAAGCCGGACCGACCGGACGAGCGGCAGCGGAUACUUGCUAUAGGAGGGCAGGUGGGGUCUCGACAUCUCGUGGUGGGUUCGAAUCCGUCCGGCCCGAUCCGCAUCCCCAUGGGGCCGGCGAGAGUGUGGUAUCGCUGUCGGGGGGAGAUCAUGGGCCUGGCCAUGAGCCGAAGCUUGGGGGACGACAUCGCGCACCAGGCGGGAGUAUCCUCGGAGCCGGAGGUCAAGGAGCAUCAGAUUGACGCCAACGACCAGUUCCUGAUUCUGGCUACGGACGGGGUCUGGGAUGUGACGGAGAUCGGACAAGCUGUACAAAUCGUUCAGGGAUACGCAUCGCGUUGCCGAGGGAACUCGUGGGACCCGCAGGGAGCUGCGUCGCUCCUUGCGCACUCGGCGCGAAAGCGCUGGGAGGGGCUGUCGGCCGUGGUGGACGACAUCACCGCCCUGGUGGUUCGGCUCACCGUGCCGUGA